CUGCGUCCUGACAUUCUGACAUUCAAUCGGUAGGGUCGUCGCCGCCAUUGUGAAUUAUUAUAAAUAUUGUAUAUUUAGUGUAUAAAAAAAGUAGAAAUGAAUGCAGAUCCGCGUAGGCCUGAAAAAGUGCAACGAUACGUUCCCAAAACAAAUAAUGGUAAUGGUCAAGAGGACCUUACCCCUGAUUACAUGAAUAUCUUGGGUCAGCACCAGACCACGGCAAAUGUAGCUGAGGCCGCAGACAAGCACGCAGAAUCGUCUGUGAGCAUAGAGCCGAACCUUCAAGCAUCCUGUCCUCUUGAAGAAGCUCAGCCUGUGACUGACGAGCUUGCCGCGACAACCAACGCUACCAAUGCUACCAAUGUGAUACCCACGAGCCCUCAGUACGGCAUCGCCAUUAUGUCUAACCCACCCGUCAUGCCUACUACAAACGACAUCCCCACGGAAACCCUCACACCAUCCACAGAGACCAUAACGGACACCACGGCCAAGCCGUCUGAUGAAAGUAAGGAGCUCCACUCGACGCCAAGUCGUAACGACAGGUUUAAGGUCGUAAAAAUUGCUAGUCUGGAGCCUUUCAAGAGGGGCCGUUGGAAAUGCAUGGACUAUGUUGACGAGGCACCACCAGCAGGCACGGUGCGGAUGCCGCAGUCGACGGGCAGCAUACAGAUGGCGGGAGGCCAAUACUUGCAGACUCAGAGCCUCCCCCAGCAACAAAUCCAGCAGAUGCUGCUGCAGAGCGGGUUCGCCAACGGCACCCAGUUUUUUCAGAACAUGCAGCCGCAGAUGAUACCGCAAGGACAGUAUUUUUACCCGCAGGUGGCGAAUAUGCCCAACCAGACGUUACCCCAACAAGUGUCAAGCAGCAUGCCCGCCCAGUUCAUUGGCAAUCAACCGUACUUCCAGGCCGGUGUGGUUCAAAACGCAGCGGGAUUCACCAUGCAGCAAGCUUACCCGAACGUUCAGUACAUACCGGCUAACUUAAUCCAGAACCAGAACAGUGCAUUCGUUCCCACAUCACAAACGCUUCAAAUGCCCGCCAAUUUCCAACAGAGUCAAACGUACGCGGGACAACCGAACGUGUCCCAGUCCAACAUUGCCCAGCCUCUCGUCAACGGUCACAAUUUCACCCCCCAGACUGAGCAGCAGGUGACCGGCAGCCUGCCUACGCAAAGUGCGAAAAGUGUCAUACUGAACACUAACGUUCCGCAGCCGGUCGUAAGUCAGACGCAGUUAACGCAACAAAACAUCCAGAAUCACAUACCCGUACAGGGCAACCAGUCGCUCUCCGUCAUGCAGGCACAGCAAUUCCAACAGGCCUACCAGCAGCCCGUAGCGGCGCAACUGCCCCAGUCGCAGAAUUCCAACCAAGUGGCACAGAACGUUCAGACCCAGCCGGGGCCCCAGGUGGUUCAGGUGCAGUCGCAACCCUUCGACCAAAGCCUGCCUAGCAAUAUAUACACCAACCCGCAGUUCCCCAUGAACGUGAACAGCCUGACGGUACUGGAUAACAACGAGAACUCUGGCGAGGUGAACGAGACCAACAGCGGGGUGGACACGAUGAGCGAGAGCGCCGACGACUUGGCCAAGACCAAUCCGGUGGUGAACGCCAUUGAUAAUAAGAUCGAGCAGGCCAUGGACCUCGUCAAGAGCCAUCUCAUGUAUACGGUCCGGGAGGAGGUGGAGGUGUUGAAGGAGAAAAUCGCUGAGUUGAUGGAGAGGAUACAGCAGCUCGAGACGGAGAACAACUACCUCCGUUCUCAGAUCCCGAAGAGCCAGAGCGUCGCUCCUCCGGCUACGUCGAACAGUAUGAACAAUCCCACCACGCAAACUAGUGCGAUACCGACCAACCCUAGUCCCAAUUAUAUUCCUAGUUCUAACGCCAACACCGUCUCCACACCCCAAUCUAGUACGCCCGUCACUAACCCUAGUCACAAUCCCAUUCCCAAUACUCAAGGCCACUCCAUGCCUCCCGGAGAAGCCAUAAAUCCCCCCCAGCAGCAGUAAAUCCUUAGCUUCGUUCGGCCAGUUGUGUUGAUUAAUAAUACUCUGCGGACUUUCGGAUCUUUCGUCGUUUCUUUCUGUUCCUCUUCCUUGGUAGAUUUUGUUCUAGUUUAGCCGUUUCUGGAUUAAUGUUUUUGAGGGUUGUUAAAGGCAUCGGCGGCUCCAAAUUCUUGAUUCGUAUAAUCGCAGACGUCGGUUAAAUUGUUCGUAAGACGGCGCAAAGUUUUUGUAGUUCGUAUAGCGGCAAAGGAAGUUUGAAAUGAAUUUCCCAGCAAGAACUAUUUAUUUUUUGUUUGUCUGACCUGUCUUUCUCUUUCAUUAAUAAUUUUCGUUUUCUGAAAAUAUA